UCGAAGCAGGUGAUAAGAAAACACAUUGUCUAACCAAAACGGUCGUCUACAGAAGUGCAAUCUAAAUGAGUUCAUCACUUGAAUAUAUCGCUGCACUUAUGCGACUUGUAAUUUAUUUUAUUAUAUUCAAUAUUAAAAACGUAAUCAUUCGGUUCUGGCCAUACAUUGAGCGACCAUCAGUGAAACUAAAGCAAGGUACAGUGCAAGGUGUAACAUCGAAACUUCCCAACGGAAAAUGCUAUCAUUACUUCAAAAGCAUUCCCUACGCAAAACCACCAGUUGGAAAUCUAAGAUUCCGGCCACCGGUUCCAUUGGAUAAAUUUAACAGUUCACCGAUCAAUUGUAGCUCCGAUAAAGGGUUCGCUGUUCAAGAUUUCAUUAUAUCUCAAUGGCCAAUCUUCGGUUCAGAAGAUAUAUUGUAUUUGAAUGUGUUUACACCUGGUUUACCGACUCUGACAUCGACCAGCUAUCCAGUAAUGGUUUAUAUCCACGGAGGAGGCUUCCGAUACGGAACGGCCAGUACCUUUAUAUACGACCCGAAGCACCUUGUCCUGGAAGGUGUCAUUGUAGUGACAGUUUACUAUCGCUUAGGACCAUUGGGUUUUCUAUGCUUGCCCAAUGCUGGUAUCAGUGGAAACGCCGGAUUGAAGGAUCAACUCCUUGCACUUCGAUGGGUGAAAGAAAAUAUUUGUCAUUUCGGCGGCGAUGCGGAUAAUGUUACUCUAUUUGGAGAAAGCGCCGGUGCUUGGUCGAGCUAUUUGCAUUACCUAUCACCUAACUCGAGAAAAUAUUUUCACCGUGUGAUUUGUCAAAGUGGAGAUUCUUGCUCCAAGGCCAUGAUUCAAACCGAACCAGAAACCAAAGCAAGGACAUUGGCUCGAGUUCUGGGAUGUGAAUCUAGAAACGAUAGCGAAAUACUAGACUUUCUCACCAAGUACUCGGCCCGUGCAAUCGUAAGUCACCAAGAUGAUGUCGUCGGACCGCAUGAAGAAGGCCUCUUUCGGCGAUUUGUAUUCAGACCGGUAAUAGAGCAACAACUGACUAACGAGAGCAUAAUCACAAAAGCUCCAGAAGAGCUUCUCAAAGAAUUUGACACUCUCCGAAUGCCCAUUAUAACGGGUUGUACCACAGCAGAAGGAACUCUUGCACUAGAAUUGAAUAAGCGGCGACUGCAUGAAUGCAACAAUCACCCAGAAUGGCUUGCGCCACUUUUCUUGAACUAUGCUGAACAGUCUGAGCGUGAAUCUGUUGGAAAAAAGGUUAAACAGUUCUAUCUGGGUGAUAAAGAUAUUGGAUGGAGCUCAAUAAAUGACGCAUGUAAAUUAAUGUCAGAUGUCACAUUCAUUGGAAGCACUCUCCUCAGUGCACAACUGAUAUCGAAAUAUCAACCGAAUGUAACGCAUUACCACUAUAGAUUUGCUUAUCGGGGUCGAUUCGAUUACAUUGGGAAAUGCAUGAAUUUACGUCAAACUGAAGGGGCCAGUCAUGCAGAUGACAUCUUAUAUAUGUUCAGUUCGUUAUUGCUACCUACCUUGAGAGACGAAAGCGAUGAGUACACUAUACGUGAUGUCUACAUAAAGCUGUUCACAAAUUUUGCAAAGUUUUCAAACCCCACCCCAAACGAAAGCCUUCUGGGAUUCAAGUGGACUUCAGUGAAAUCGGUAUCGAAAACAUCAAAGAUGUUUGUUUUGAGCUGCUUGGAAAUAAAUCAAUCGCUGCAAAUGGUCCACAACCCCAAUCAAAAAAGAUUGGAGUUCAUGAAGAAUUUGAUAAUGGAAUAUAAUGAUAAUCUGUAAGCAGUUUUGACAUGACUGUAGAUUAUUUAAUUUAUGUUUGGUAAAAGUCCUAAAAAAUAAAACCUCUUAAUAUUAAAUACAAUAAUCUAGAAUCGUCCUAUCUAAUUUGCUCUAUGAACCUGCACGAGCUCAGCUAACAAAUUAUUCAACAGCAUUCACAAUAAAUUUUGAAAUUUAACAAAACAGAACUGGAACAAAUCACAACGAACAGUACCGCAGAUUACCACAAGUGUAUGUUUGAAUAAAUAAUCAAAAUAUAAGCCAACCCAUUCUAAAGCUC